CUGUGGGCCAGUCGAUAACUGGCGCGGAGAGAGUGUGCGCGAAUUUUUUGUUUUAAAUUAAGACUGCAGUGUUGAGUGAAAAAUGCCUAAUAUUAUAAACGAGGUUAAAUUAGACUUCAAAGAUGUCCUCCUACGGCCAAAAAGAAGUACAUUACGUAGCAGAAAUGACGUGGACCUAUAUCGAGAGAUAACAUUCCGUAACUCCGGACAGACUUACCGCGGCGUGCCCGUGAUGGCCAGCAACAUGGAUACAGUGGGCACAUUUGAGAUGGCUAAAGAAUUGUCCAAGCACGGAUUAUUCACAUGCAUACACAAGUAUUACACGAUCGAUGAAUGGAAAAAGUUUGCCGCAGAGCAUCCCGAAUGUUUAGAACAGAUGGCUGCCAGUUCGGGCACAGCGGAGGCGGACUUCGACCGGCUGUCAGAGAUUCUAAACAACAUAAAGGAUCUAAAGUUCGUCUGUCUGGAUGUAGCCAAUGGAUACUCGCAGCACUUUGUAGAGUAUGUAAGACGAGUACGUGCCGCAUACCCUACGCAUACAAUUAUUGCUGGCAAUGUGGUGACAGGUGAAAUGGUUGAAGAGCUCAUCUUAUCAGGCGCUGACAUAAUCAAGGUGGGUAUAGGUCCGGGGUCGGUGUGUACGACUCGCAUCAAGACUGGUGUGGGCUACCCGCAACUGUCCGCAGUCAUAGAGUGUGCAGACGCAGCCCACGGACUCAAAGGACAUAUUAUUUCUGAUGGUGGAUGUACAUGUCCCGGAGAUGUUGCGAAGGCAUUCGGUGCUGGCGCGGACUUCGUGAUGGCGGGCGGUAUGUUCGCUGGUCACGAUCAGUGCGGCGGCGAUGUGGUCACCAAGCCCGAUGGCAAGCAGGUGAAGCUGUUCUACGGCAUGUCGUCAUCUACCGCCAUGUUGAAGCAUUCCGGUGGUGUGGCUGACUAUAGGUCGUCGGAAGGUAAGACGGUAGAAGUAGAGUACAGAGGUGAUGUAGCUGUGACAGUGAAAGACAUACUAGGGGGGCUGAGGUCCGCCUGCACGUACGUGGGCGCGGCGCGGCUCAGGGAACUGCCGAGACGGGCCACAUUCAUACGGUGCUGCAGGCAAGUCAACGAUACAUUCUCUUAACUUAUGCCAUCCUGGUACUUUCGAUAGCUUAAUUCAAUAUUGAAAAUAUC